UCGGCCGAAUAUCGUGAUUGAUGGAUUGUACAAUACUUCGGUACGAGGGAUUGUUGUGAAAACCAAUCCCAGGGUUUCAAACGGUUAGCGCAAAGCACUUCUCGUUGAGCGCUGAAGAACAGGGGAGGAGAAGGCGGCCAGGGUGUGCGUUCAACGGGAAGUUGGGCGUCAAUCCCUGCCAGCCAUUUGGAUUUGGGAGUGACUGUGUGAUGUGCCACAGCCGCUCACGUGCAACACCAGGCAACAACACCAACACCUUUGCCGGCUGCGCCAUCUUGGAUUGUCUUGCGGUUCUGCAAACGUGGAAGCCAUGAGGCAGUUCCGAGCUAUGGGGACAACAACAUCGUUGUCGACGGCAGUACCAGUCCUGCCUCUCGAGAUUACCGAGGAGAUACUGUCGGCUUUGGUGGACGUCUUUGACGACGACCCGGCCUACCAAUGGACCACCCUGCGCCAGCUCUCGCCGCAUCAGAAGCAUCGCAUUGAGCGUCGCUUCCGUGAUUUUUGGCUUCGCCACGUUUCGUUGACUCUGUAUUAUGAGUCAACAUCAGACAACACGGACUUCAAUUUUGACGGUGUGAGCGAAAAGCCAGGGUCGCCCGAGAUGGCUUCGUUUGUCUUCCAGGGCUGGCGGUCGAUAGCGCGUCCGGAACGCAACACACCCGAACUCCUCAAACGGUACUGGGCAAACUACACUUCUAGAAAUCGCAACGCGACCAUCAGGCUGGGCGAAGGUGUGCUCAAUGGUGGAUUCGCUGGCGGUUACAUCCUCAACGAUACCUAUCUCUCAGGCCUAGAAAUAGACGAUAGCGGCCAAACAGUGAGGAUCAGAUGGAAAGAGGCAAUUAACGAGCUGAUGCGAGAAGAAAUGUUCUUGCGAAGGAUUACGCCAAGUCUUCUAGACAAUUUUCUUCAACAUUACCUUCUCUCAGACGAUCAAUCCAAUUCUCAACCUGCUUCUCUGAAACUACAGCUCCGAGUGCUCGCCAUGGAAGUCCAAGCCGCUCGCCGAGUGGAGGGCCUUCUUCAUCGGCUGCGAAAGGAGGACCCCUCUGGCAAUACGAAACCUCACUUUGGGAGGAAGUCAGCGCGUCUUCACAAACAACCAGUCCCUCACGAUUAUGAUGAUUCCCAGGGGGACCAGAGAUACUCCCGUCGCCCCCACCCCGACAUCUUCGAGGUCUGCAGCCAGGAGGAGAGCAUGAUUCCGCAGCUUCCGAUUUUCCAAGACUGGCUUGAUGGAGGGGUGGAAGACGAAGUCAUGUACGAUCUACUUGGCGAGCAGUUCGGAUGGCGUUGUUGCCAGGUACAUAGGCGGCCAGACGAUGUUAGGUUCCAGCAAUAUCUCACUCACGUGUGGAAGGCGGCUUGGGACUUCCCCCGCUUUUCGAUGUUGCCGUGGUCGGUUCCAUCGGAUUGGACCGCCGGGGAGACCCCAUCUAAGCAGCUGGACCGUGAGUUUGUCGCUGGACACCUUCGCAAGACGGGCUAUCGGUGGAGUGUUAUUCACUGAGCGUGUUUCUUGGAGCACACUUCGCUCCUAUUUAGGUUGUCAGCCAAUAUUACCACGUUGAGCUGCAGGAUUGAUCUAGCCCUUCAGCACCAGUCUGUUUCCUCCUAUCGUUCGCUGUAUCGACAGUUAUGGCAGUCGCUUGAUUCGGAAAACAGUUC